AUGCCGGAAGCUGGCAUAUCUGAUGUCGUUGCCGGUGAUAAACCGACGUAUACACACAUCAUUGUAGCAUCUUCCAUCGGUUUAACCAUUGCUGCAGCCAUGCAUUUUGGCUCCAGAAGGAGACGAUAUCAAAUCAUCCCACGGAUUCGCCUUUCAGACACUGGCCAACCAAUACAGCUCGAGAUAUUCCCUCACUAUGUCGCUAGACAAAUGGGAUUCAAUGAACGGAAAGAGUGCCCGCACCUGUUCAAAUUAGCGGAUGAAUAUAUCAGGAAAGCCGAAGGAUGUGAGGAAGAGAUGUAUUUGUUCUUCGCGAAAGAGCCAGAUGCAGAUUCAUUGUUCAUAAAGCUCGUGGAGGAGUUCGAGAGAUGCAUUCUCAGUUAUUUCGCAUUUCAUUGGAGCAAUGCUCAUUUCAUGAUGAGUCAGGUAUUGGCUGGUUCUGAUACUCAAGAGCCAAGAAGGAAGUUCAAGGACAUAGUCAUGCAAGCCACCAGAGAACAGAGAUUUGAGAGGGUGACGAAGAACCUGAAAGUGGCGAGAGUGUUCAACACUCUGGUGGAGGAAAUGAAAGCGAUAGGCCUUGUAUCUGCGGAUGAUUCAGAGUGUACGCAUGUUAUGGUUCCGGUCGCCCACAAAGAUCGAAGCCCGGUCCUCCUCUUUAUGGGUGGUGGCAUGGGAGCUGGAAAAAGCACAGUUCUUAAAGACAUUCUUAAAGAACCAUUUUGGGCAGGAGCAUCAGCAAAUGCAGUUGUAAUUGAGGCAGAUGCCUUCAAAGAGACUGACGUCAUUUACAGAGCCCUGAGUUCCAGAGGCCAUCAUGACAUGCUUCAAACAGCUGAACUGGUCCAUCAAUCGUCCACGGAUGCAGCAUCAUCCCUCCUUGUAACAGCACUAAAUGAAGGGAGAGAUGUGAUUAUGGAUGGAACACUCUCUUGGGUUCCCUUUGUUGUGCAGACAAUAACUAUGGCAAGAAAUGUUCAUCGCAAACGCUAUCGAAUGGGAGCUGGAUACAAAGUAAAUAAUGACGGAAGUGUUACAGAAAACUACUGGGAACAGCUUGAAGAAGAAAGUGAACCUUUAGACGGUAAUGAGAGGAGACGACCAUACAGGAUAGAAUUAGUCGGGGUUGUUUGCGAUGCUUAUUUAGCUGUCAUAAGAGGCAUAAGGAGAGCAAUCAUGUGUAGAAGGGCUGUGAGGGUCAGGUCACAGUUAACAUCACACAAGAGGUUUGCCAAUGCCUUUGUGACAUAUUGCCAACUAGUAGAUAAUGCCAGGCUAUAUCUAACCAAUGAUCUGGAAGGACCACCAAAGUUGAUAGGAUGGAAAGACAAAGAGAAGACAUUGUUGGUGGAUCCAGAUGAGAUAUCGUGCUUAAAGUUGAUAGAAGGGUUGAACGAGAAAGCAGACUCAGUAUACGAACUUUAUAAGCACCCAAAUCCAGCCCAUAAAAGUGGCUCGGUUUGGCAUGACAUUGUUAUGUCACCUACAAGAUUGAGUAUUCAGAAAGAGCUAAAGUAUUCAAUUCAGAAAAUUGAAAGCAGCAACAAGCAAUAA